CCUCCUGGACGUGGCGCCCGCCCCCCGGGCUCCUCCUCGCCGCGGCGCUGCCACGGCGGGCGAGAGAUGUUCACCCGCGCGGUGAGCAGGCUCAGCAGGAAGCGGCCCCCGUCAGAAAUAAACGACAGCGACAGCAAGCCAAGCAGCAGCCACCAAAGUUUAAAUGGCACCACAAGAUGGGCGACAUCGCUAGAACAAUUGCUGGAGGAUCCAGAAGGCGUCAAGAGAUUUAGGGAGUUUUUAAAGAAAGAAUUUAGUGAAGAAAAUGUUUUGUUCUGGCUAGCAUGUGAAGAGUUUAAGAAGAUAAAAGAUGAGAAACAGAUGCAAGCGAAGGCAAAUGAAAUUUACAUGACUUUCCUCUCAAGUAAAGCUUCUUUUCAAGUUAAUGUUGAAGGGCAAUCCCGUUUGGAUGAGUCAAUAUUGGAAAAACCUCACCCUCUAAUGUUUCAGAGACUUCAAGACCAGAUCUUCAGCCUCAUGAAGUACGACAGCUACAGCCGCUUCUUGAAAUCAGAAGUGUUUCUUAAGCUGAAGCAGACUGAAGAACAGGAAGAGAAUUUACCAGAUGCUCAAACUGUAGCGAAAAGAGCUUCUAGAAUUUACAACACAUGAUUGAAACAACAUCCAACAAUAGAUCCCACCGAGACUACAACAAAAACCAAAUGAGUUCUCAGGAAUAGUCUACGAGGUUAACACAACUGCAUUUCAGGCUUGGAAAACAUAGAACCCUGUUAUGCGAUGCUUAACCUUCGUUGCUUGAAUGACAUAACUGUUUUUGCAUAAUGGCUACUACCGAAACUCUUGGCCAAGGCAGUUAUACUAAACCCCUAAAAGGACUGAAAGUCUCAAGAGUAAUCUGUGAACAGAAAACUCAGUUAUUUUUACCUUCUGGUUUUGAUACCGUUCCUUGUGAAUCAUUAUUAUUUUUUAAGUGGGGAUGUAGCAUAAAAUUGUGAUGAGUUUAAAAACACAGGUAAUAUGAGGGAGAGGCAGUAUACCUUUUUUAAAAUAAAAAAACACUCUUAGAGCCUGGUGUAAAUAGACUUUCCACUUUUUAAGCUUUAACUGUUAUUUGAGCAGGUUAAAAUUCUGCCUAAAUUUUGCUUAAACUGAAGUAAAAGAAAAUGAAUUGAAAUAUUUUUUUCUGAUACUGACAAGAAUAGAGAAGCCUCUAUUAAGGGAAGCACAAAGGCAGGAGACUAUUCAUCUAAGGCAUUAGUUUUAAACCAUGCCUACCUUUUUUCCUGGAACUAAUCAAAAUAAUUGAAAAACAAUCAUUUUCUCUAUCUUUGUAAUACAACACAUGCUCUUCACUCUAAAAGCUGCUUUCAGAAUGGCUUUUGUAGGGUUUUCUGUGGCUUGGUUUUAAAUCUAUUUGUGCUAGGGAAAGAUUGCCUAUUUCUCCUGUGAACCCUUAUUGUUCAGGGUCCUUACUUUUUCUCCCCCUUUUUUGUUCUGAAACUGAGACUCCCUAACUGAAUUUCAAGUGUUACUAAUUUUGUCAAACAACAGCUAGCUUACUGUUAUAACAAACCUAUGCCACAAAUUACAUUUUCUCUGCAUUCAAAGUACAUUUAGACUUGGAGAUUGGCCAGUAGCAUCCUUCUGCAUUACCCAGUGAGUGUAGUAUAUUUCCAGCUCAACAACAAGUAUGAACUAGCUUUUAAGCCUUGUGUACUUGUUCCAAGGAAUUCUGUCUCAGUUGCCAAAAUUUGUUUCUUUUCUUUUGUACAGACAUUCUAACCAGGUUUUAUUUUCACCUGCUUCUGUACUAAACUUGUUUGUAUAUUCUGCAGCAGCGCACUCUCUUAGCGAUCAAAACAACCCCUCUCCAAGUUGUGGAACCAGUUUGCACAUCACAUCACGUCAUAGUUUAAAGCAUGCCAUGGUUUAAUGUGAAUGAUCCAUGCCAUGAAUUAAUGUUAAUGUUGGUGCACGCUGCUCACAAGGUGCUUCUGUCCUGCUGUGCCAUCUAAACCAGGGCUCAUGGUUUGUUUCCCACAAGCAAAGCACAAGCUGUAAGCCAAGGACAGACGUUGGCUCCUGCUCUUGGUUUGUUUGGAUAGAAACUAUCCACGAACCUGCAUGACUAACGUUUUUUUGGGGGGGGGGAGCACCAUGGAAACAUUUGAGUUAUAUGCACAAGCAUGAUGCUCAUUCACAUUAAACCACAACUCAGUUUUAAACAGCAGCUUUAUGUGAUAUGUGGACCAUCCUGCAGGCUCUGCUCAUACUGGAUUUCACUCUACAUGUGAUUUCCCCCCCUCAAAAUUUGCAACUCCUGCGACCAGCUUGUCUGCAGUUAGAAAAAUAGUAUCAUAAACUUUGUCGGGACCAGCUGUCAUCCUUUUGGCUGCUUAAGAAAGACCUGUGUGUCGUGUGGGAAGGCAGGAGUGAGGAAAUGGAGGCAAGGGACCACCCGCCAUUCACUCCUGUGAAGAGACCAUCAGUCAGCCCAAGAGGAGUCUGAUUUUUUUUUAUAUAUUAUAACAUUUAUUUGGUUUAUUAUUUUUUACGUUGUAAACUGCCUUGGGUGCCUUGGCAGAAAGGUAGUAUAUAAAUGCAAUAAAUAAAUAAAUAAAUGCAGUGUAAUAUGCAUUACUCAAUUAUUUCUUAAAGGUAAAGGUACCCCUGACUGUUAGGUACAGUUGCGGACGACUCUGGGGUUGCAGCGCUCAUCUUGCUCUAUAGGCCAAGGGAGCCGGCGUUUGUCCACAGACAGCUUCUGAGUGAUGUGGCCUGCAUGACUAAGCCACUUCUGGCGAACCAGAGCAGUGCACAGAAACACCGUUUACCUUCCUGCCAGAGCGGUACCUAUUUAUCUACUUGUGCUUUGACAUGCUUACGAACUGCUAGGUUGGCAGGAGCUGGGACCGAACAACGGGAGCUGACCCUGUCGCAGGGAUUCAAACCGCUGACCUUCUGAUCGGCAAGCCCUAGGCUCAGUGGUUUAGACCAUUAUUUGUGUGUCCGUAACUUCCUGCCUCACAUCCCCGGAAGCAGAGUAUCUAGCAAAGGAUUCAGCAUAACUCACCUGUGAGUAGUUUCACCCAUGAAUUGUACGAAUGAUUGGCAACUCACCAUGCAAACAGAGGAACAUGAAAAGAGAUGCUGCUAUGCUCUAGAAGUGUAUUCCCCAUGCUGUUGUGUGCACCUAAUCCAUUCGUUCUACUGGUUUGCAGAAGCAUUGCCUGGCUAGCUUGUUUGGAUUUGCCUGUUUCUAUGUGCAAAUGUUGGUGAUGCCAAUGGAACGGUGAAUACAUCUUUCUAGCUUAUGUUGAUAUUUGAAUUUGGCUGCCUUUGGAAACUUCCCUCCUCCUCCUCUCCUCCUCCUCCUCUAUUAUUGAGAUAGUGAGCAAAGGUAAACCAUUAAAAAUUACAUAUAAAAUCUUGAUUGGGAACUUUAUUGAAAUAACUACCUUUUUUAGGCUGGGGUUGCAUGUGGGAAGAAAAGCUUUUCUGGCACAGUUCUUCCAUGUGUUUACUUUUUUAAGACUCGUUCGUUUGAUGCCAAAUGACUGCACUGCUGUUAAUCACGAAGGAAGCAGAUUGGCUGGCAUACUUUGUUUACAAGUUCUGCCAUGUGCAGCAUUAUUCUGGCUUACAUUUUCUUCAUUAUUUACU